CGUUUGUAUUCGAGUACAAAUCUUCUCUUCCUUUCGCGGUUGUCGCUCCAGAUCGUAUCCCAUUGGUCCCUAGAAAAGCAGAGAGUAAUGGAUAUUGCGUCCUCCGAUCUGGAUGGCAAUGCCGAUGCUGUUGAGUUCUGUACAAAUCCCACAUUCCAUCAUCUCCUCGCUGCAGCUACCUACACACUGCAGGAAGAUGAAGUUCAGCCCAUCCGCACUGGAAGCAUAUCCCUCUUCUCCGCCACCUCUUCUGGCCUCAAGUUGCUUGAUUGCGUGCACGCUCCUGGCAUCUUUGAUAUCAAGUGGAACCCGAGCGUUGGUGAGGCCGGUACCAUAAGCAAUAGCACUGCCCAUCAUCCCUUGCUCGCCCAGGCCACUUCUGAUGGAUUUCUCACUCUCUACAGUUUACAUCCAACCGAUUUUUCAUUGUUAGAAGUUUGUAAAGAGGAAGUCAGCUCCUCCAUGUGCUUGUGUGUGAAUUGGGAUUCCAGUGGCAGCUCGACCUCAGUAGGUCUUUCUGAUGGCUGGGUUUCCACUCUUGUAUUUCGUGAGGAUCGGUUGCAGAUAACACAAUCCUGGGCAGCCCAUGAAUUUGAAACUUGGGCAGUUUUGCCCGAUUCUCUCCAACCUCAGUUAUUGUACACAGGAUCUGAUGAUUGUUCUUUCAGCUGUUGGGAUUUGAGGCAGAAUUCUUCAUCAUCAACAGUUUUUCGAAAUACGAAAUCCCAUAAGAUGGGUGUCUGCUGUAUUGCGCAAUGUCCCAGUGAUUCUAACAUGUUGCUCACGGGGAGUUAUGAUGAGUUCAUUCGGGUGUGGGAUGUAAGAUGUAUAUCUAGACCUUUCAUGGAGAAUUCUUUGUGCUUAGGGGGAGGAGUAUGGAGACUUAAGUAUCAUUCAUUGAUUAAAGGAUUGGUUUUGGCGGCAUGCAUGCACAGUGGUUUUGCUAUUGUGAAAAUAGAUGGAGAGAAUAUUAACAUAUUGGAAACUUAUACUAAGCACGAUUCACUAGCAUAUGGAGCAGAUUGGCAAAGAGCCGAGUGUGUGAAAGAUGGAGGUAGAAGUGGAUUACUUGUGGCUACUUGCUCAUUCUAUGAUCGGCUUCUAAGGCUUUGGAAACCGUACAGCUUGAAAUGAAGAUUGAGGGAAAUCGGUAUGCCUAGUUUGUCCAAGUACCGGUUUGCCGAAUAACAAGGGACUUCCGGCGACCAGUGGCGCACAAAAUCGAAGGGCUCUCUCAGCGCGGCGAUAAAUAGAGCUUUACAGUUUGUUUGUUUUGAAGUACAAACCUUCUCUCCCCUUCGCGGUUGUCUCUCCAGAUCGUAUACAAUUGGUCCCGUAAGCAUUUUUCCUCUCCGCUUUUAUCUUUUGCGGUUCUUAGCCGAUAGAUUCUAACCCCAGAUCUAAGAUCGCAGUCGGUUUUCGCUCCGCAUCUACUGCCAUUCCAUACUGUUCUCGAUCUCUGAUUAUAUUGGAUUCUUGCUCGAUGGUGUUUGAAUUUGGCUUUGCUUGUGAGAUGUAUGCGAACUUAUGCUCUUGGAUGAAACAAUGGUUCUGAGAUCUGUAUCACAUAGUAUUUUGACUUGUCUAUGAAUCAGAGAUUUUUCAAUUCAAAAUCGACAAACAUUAUUUAAUUGCAUGUAAUGUGCUCAUAUGGAUUUGUCGUGUUCAAUAGUGUCAGAUCCUAAACCUACCUGAAUUGUUUUUGAAGAUAUUAGAGCUGAACCUAAGAUGAUCUUCCUUGUGAUUAUCGGCCCCAUUUUUUGCUUUUUACAUCCACAUAAUGCUUGCCUGCUGCUUCUAGUUGUUUUCAAUGAAUCUUGGAAGAGCUGUGAUGAUUACAGAAAGAAACCAUCAAACUCUGAAAGGAGAUUUGAAAUGAAUCUAUGUUGGGAUAAGCUAAUCAUUCUCUGAGCUUUUAUUUCCGCUUAAUUGAAAUUUGCUUGAUAAGUCAUUUUGGAUUAUGAAUUGUAAGGCAAUAAAUUAGAGUCUCUGAUGCGUUUUUAUCCAUAACGUCAUCGGCGCUGUACGUUGCCUAGAAGAAAAGCGGGUAGAGAUUAUGGCAGAUGCUUUUUAUUUAUAUGGGGUUUCUGCAUUCUCAUCACUAACAAUUGGUUUUCUUCUUUUAUUAUCCUUUUUUUUUCUUCUAUUUAAAAAUGUUUUAUUUUAGAAGAUUUGCAUGUAUGCCACUUGAUUCUUUUGUUUUUACAUAUCUAUCACCUAAGCAUGAAUAGUUGCAUUUCUCUUUUUAGAAGCUAAAUAAUGGUAUUCUUUUUAUAUGGUGAAAGGCUUAAGUUGUGUCAAUGUAAAAAGCAAAGCUUAAGUUCACCUUUUUUUUUUUUUUUUUGUUUCUACAAGGAAAUUAAGUGUUCUUAGAAAUUGGUAGUUUAGCAUUUGUGAUGUCUCAUUAUCAUCAUGCAUCAUAUCCCUUUGUCCCACAUUUUCUUCUGGUAAUUGAUACCGGCAUUCUCAAAUCUUCUAUUUUUUUUUAUUAGCUCCGAUGUCUUAUCUAUUUUUCAGAUUAAAAUCUUGAACUUGAAAUAAAUAAUCAUUAUUUUUUUUAAUUUUUUGAAGUCUUUAUCCAUAAUAUGUCAUUGUAGGGCCUAUGAUAUUUAAAUUUUGACCGUACCAUCUUAGAUCUGGUUAAAAACCACCAUCUUUGAUGUUAUAUCUUAUGCUUAUGAGGCCCUUCUGUCUUAAAAUUGCUUUCAUUAUUAUUGCUUUUUUUUAAUUAUGUCUGUUAACGGUAAAUCUAAUCUGCAUGUUUAUCCUCGCCUUUCUCCAACCCAUCCAUCCACCAUUAACGACGUCCUAAUGGCAUCCGCAAGCUGCACAACUAAUGCUAUUUCCUGCAUAUCUUUCCUUUCGACCUCUGCAUCUAAGGGGAUGUUUGGGGCGGUUAAUAUGAAAUAUUUAAUUUUGGGUGUUGAAGGAUGUAAAUUAAUGCGUUAUAGGUGGUUUCUUUAUAAUUUCUUUUUCUAAUUCGAAUGAAUGUGCAAAUGUUUAAAUUUCAAAUUGUAGUUUUUUGAAUGCUAGGGUGAAACCAUACGUUUCUCUCUAGAAUAAAUGUUAAAAACUUCAUUUCUCUGAAUGUUUAUAUAAUACAGACUGAAAUUAUUGGGAGAAGGGUAUUGUAAUGGUUGAUAGCAUAUUAUUAUUUAAGAUAGUUUAUAGUUGAUAACGGUAUUAUGGGUCCUUGUUUGCUUUUGUUUAUG